CACGAUGGAACUACCAGCGGCUGGUGGACCUUAAACAGCCAGGUGUCAACCUCCCUGCUGUCUUUGACCCAGCUUUAAUGUGCGAGUUAAAUGCUGCUUCCAUGAGAGUGACAGGGCAGGAGAAGUAUGCUGCAUUUCUCCUCUCAGACAGGGACACUGGAGAGAGGUUUGGCCUUCAGUACAGAGAGCCGGGCUGCCGUCCAGUUCCACUGGACUGGGACAAACACAGAACUCUAAAGAGAGAUGAGCCUGCCGCUCUUAUGCCUCCGCCCCCCCUGCAGACACCUGCUGCUCCUGCUGAAGAUAAAGCUCCAGACGUGGCACCCUCCUCCAGUUGGACACUGCCCUCUGGCGUGCCAUUCCCUGGACCAGCACCAUCAAUCGGCCAUCCACUCUCUGCUGGUGCACUGCCAAAGCAGGAGAUGCCUCCAGAAGAAGUCCAGGAUCCUCCAGCAGCAAUGGAAAUCUCACAUGCCCUGCCGCUGCCUCUGAGUUCCUCACCAAGGAGUGCCCGCACUGGACCCAUAAAAACUGGCGGAAGAGUUUUUGUGUUGGACCACACACGCUGGACAGCACCCAUGAAAGUGGCUAUUGACAGUUUGCUGCAGAAGCACCAUGGAAAGAAGGACCGCCUGAAGCUUGUGGAUCAAGAUUACGCAGACAUGGUCCAUCAGUCAGCCACAGAUCCAAACAGCUUGCUGCACCCCACAACCAGGCUGCACAUAUCUCGCUAUGUGAAGCAUCUGGCAAAACUUCUGAACACUAGUUCCUCCUUAAACACAAGCCAGGAAAAACUUCUGGACACUCAGCAGCUGUGGCACUCUUUAACAGAGGGGAGUGACACAUCUAGUGUUCCUGUGGUCACCAUGGAGGCAGCUGUUGUCAAGCCCCCUACACCUGCCCAGUCCACACCUCUAACCCAAGACUCCCUUGAGAAAAUUGUGGAGGGCAUCUUGGAAAAGCAGCAGCAGCAGCAGCAACAGCAACAACAGCAGCCCCAGCCAGAGCAGAAGAAAAGGCAGACGAAGACGUGUCUUGCCUGUGGACAGCCCAAGUCUCGAUACAGGACUGAUGGAUCCUCCAUCCACCAUUUUUUCCAACAGGGGCCUGUGCACUAUUUCUAUUGUUCAAAGAAGGUGCAUCAAAGUUAUGCUGCUGAGGGACUUUCAGAUGCCCAGAUGCCCUUUGAGCAGUUUGCAAGUACAUAUUUCUUCCAGAGGGAGCUGGAGGAAACCAAAAAACGCGUGGAAGAGAAAGUGGAAAAAAAAAGGAAACGGCCAGACCCCCAUCAAGCUGGCCGCCUCUGCAGAUUCUGUCACCUGGAACUGAAACAGGGGCCGAACAGCCCACACAUCCAUUCGGGCUUCCCAGGAGUGGCAGGAAAAUACAUCUACUGCCCAUCUAAAGUAUACUCUUUGUACCGCAAUAAGGGAAUGGCCAGAGAGAUGAGCUGGAAAGAGUUUCAUGCGUCUCCUUUCUAUGAGGCAGAGAGACAAAGAUGGGUGGAUGAAAGGAAACAGUAAACUAUUCAAAGUUUUUAUAUAGUUAUUGUUUUUUGUUCUGUGUAAAUAAAAAAAUAUUGUUGAAUAGAUGUAUGUAUAUAUAUAUAAAUAUGAAAGUGUUUACUUGUAAAUAUUGAAAUUGGACUGCUCUUAUAUCUCUGUGUUUAAGACAGUGGUUCCCAAACUUUUUCUGGUUUUUUUUUCACUGGUUUAAGAGAAUGUUAAAUUAACCUUGUAUUUAUAACUUUCACUGAAUGUUCUGAUGCUGCUUUUUAUCUUAUACCACCCUACUUCCACCCACCAUCCAUUAUAACUUGCUUGUAAAU